GCCAAAUCGGUGGGGCCGAUGCCGAAGUCCCGUCAAUCUUAGAUGCAAAGCACGAUUACAUGAUGUAUUAUCCAAUAUUCUGCAGCUUCUCGCGCGGUAAUUUUGUUCACUCCCGAGAGCUUAUCAAUAGAGGGGUUUCAUUACUAAGGGCCAUAGUUGUCUUUGAGAGGCUGAAAUAGUGCUGACACAUUGGUUCCGUUAGUUGCCGUUUGAUAGAUCGGGUAUGUAAGUUGAAGUAUAAAGACGUCGGUAUGAUUCCACUUCAAGGUCAUUGUGUUCCUCACACUUGUUCUCAUACCUCGGACUCUACUCUCACGAUAAAAGAGUUUUGGCUGUUCGCACAUACACUAUCACGAUGAGCAUGCUCUCAGCUGAAGUCACGGAAUGGGGUCAACCUCCCAAGUCCAUCAAAGUUCCCCCUCCUGCAGCCCCAGUUCACGACAACGAGACAGAGAUCAAAGUCCUCGCUGCCGGCCUUCACCAACUCGUCCGCACACGCGCGGCGGGAAAACACUACACUGCUACUGAACUCCCUCACGUUCCCGGCGUCGACGGUGUAGGCAUCAAUCUCUCUACCGGCAAGAAAGUCUACUUCUCGCUCCUUGGUACAAAGCAGGGCAGUUAUGCUGAGAUCGUCAAUGCGCCAACUCACAACAUCGUUGAGCUUCCCGAGGGCGUAGACCCUGUUGUUGCAGCUGCUAUGGUCAACCCCGUCAUGGCGAGUUGGAUGGCGUUGAGGAAGCGUGUUGAUUGGACUGGAAAGGAGGGCAAACCUUACAAAGUCUUCAUCAACGGCGUCACCAGCGCCAGUGGAAAGAUCGCUAUCAAAGUAGCGCGUCACCUCGGUGCAACAACCGUCGUCGGCGCAGCUCGUAACAAAGACGCGUUGUCAAAGCUCGACCUCGACGCCAGCGUUGUCCUUCAAGAACCCAACGCCACAGAUUUCUCCGCCGCCGCAGACGCAGACAUUGUUCUCGAUUUCCUUUACGGACCGUGGCCCAAUGCGUUCCUGUUGAGUCCCAGCACAGCUAGUGCUAAGAACCCUAUUACGUGGAUCAACAUUGGGUCUAUGGCGGGUGAUAUUGGUGAUAUCUCGGCGAUGGGGCUGAGGAGGAGAGAUGUUACGGUGCGGGGCUCGGGGCCGGGAGCGUGGGAUCCGAGGCAGCUGGGGGUUGAGACGGAGGGAAUGUUGAAGGUUCUUGUGGGUUUGGGAGAUGAAGGGUUGAAGAAGUAUAGGAUUGAGGAUGUUGAGGAUGGUUGGGGUGAUAAGGGGAGGGAUAGAGUUGUUUUUGUGUUUAGUGAGUAGGCUUGAGGGGGAGUGAGUGAGUAUAGGGUGAGGAUGAAUGAGUUGUGAUAAUGAGAUGCGAUAAAUGACAAUGACAUAAAUUGACCCCUUUACCAUCAAUAAAUUGCUAUUUCUUAUGA